GAAGGGAUGAAGUCUGUCAGUGUUUAUGCGCUUCUAAGCCUUGCAGCCACAGUCUGCUGUGUGCCGGUUUUGAAUGUAACAGUGCAAGAGGAAAGUUUUGCAGAGAGUUACCUGAAGAACUUCUUCAACCUAACAGAGGAGAAAGGCCCCUCGGCCAGGAGAGGAAUUAGCCCCAUGAGCAGGAAGCUGAGCGAGAUGCAGAGAUUCUUUGGGCUCCAGAUCACAGGCAGCCUGGAUGCUGAUACCCUGGAGGUGAUGAAGAAGCCUCGCUGUGGCGUUCCAGAUGAAAAAGUUGCACGUUUUGCUACAUUUGGAGACAACACCAAAUGGAGCAGAAACACCCUCACAUACAGGAUAGUGAACUACACCCCCGACAUGUCUCAGGCAGAGGUGAAUGACUCCAUUCGGAGAGCUCUGCAAGUUUGGGCCAGAGUGACUCCUCUGUCAUUCAGAAGUGUUAGUAGUGGCACAGCUGACAUCAUGAUUUCCUUCGGUCGCCAGGCACAUGGUGAUUAUUACCCCUUUGACGGCCCUGGCCGCACUCUUGCCCACGCAUUUGCACCUUCUUCUGGCAUCGGAGGAGACGCCCAUUUUGAUGAUGACGAGACCUUCACGUUUCGUUCAAGCAGAGGCUACGUCCUCUUCCUGGUUGCUGCCCAUGAGUUUGGCCACUCCCUGGGCUUGUCCCACUCUAAUGAUCGUAAUGCCCUCAUGUACCCCUUGUACUCGUACCAAAACCCUGACACCUUUGUUCUGCCUCAAGAUGAUGUCAGAGGCAUUCAGUCACUUUAUGGGCCAAAUCCUGUAAAGGAACCAAUUACAACUGGACCUCAGCCUCCCACGACUCCUGAUAUCUGCGACUCAACUUUGGAACUAGAUGCGGUCACCACCUUGGGGGAAGAGAUGUUUUUCUUCAAGGACAGUUACAUGUGGCGUACACGCUCUCAGAGAAGCCCACCCCAAAAAAGUCUUAUCUCAAGCUUGUGGCCCAGUGCCCCAACAAGCAUUGAUGCUGCUUACGAGAACCCAAGCACUAACAGAGUCUUUUUUUUCAAAGGUUCUAAAGUAUGGGCCUUCUCUGGAAACCAGCUGGUACAGGGCUAUCCGAGAUCCAUCUCUGAAUUUGGUGUGCCAAGAUUUGUGAGAAAGAUUGAUGCUGCUUUUCAUGAUGUCCAAUCUGGAAAAACCUUUCUGUUCUUCCUGGGGGGUUACUAUUAUUUCACUUACAAUGAAAGCACAAUGUCUGUGGAGUCCUUUUUCCGGGUGAGCCAGACAUUUUCUAGAAUGACCAACAAGGUGACAGCAGCCGUCCAGAACAGAGGCUCUACUUACAUCUACAGUGGACUCUACAUGUACAUGUAUGACCUGAGGAGCGGAAGGCUGUUACGUGUGCUAAGGAACACCUACCUGCUGGGCUGCAAUAAUAUCUAAAGGCAAAUUGUCACUGGCAUUUUGUAGCUAUUGAUCAGAAACAAGAAUGUUACAGGUGGUGGACUAAAAUCCAGGUACACAUUUGUCUCAAAUCUGAAGUGUACAGGCUUUAAAUGUUUAUUCAAUUAAAUAUAUAUCCAGAAAAAUAAGGAAUGCUAUGUCAAAUGUCUCAGAUUUCUUAACAGUUGUUCAUUUUGGAGAAGCUCAGACGUCUCUGUCCCAUUAGAAAUGAAACACUUGACCACCAAAGGCAAAUGCUUUCUACCAGCCGUUACCAAACCCCCACAGUCCAUACAGACUGCUGCAGAAGUGAUUUUGAGUAAAUAUUAUAGGACCAUUUGCUUAUUAUUAUGCAUCUUGAAUCCAGGUUUAGUAACACUAAAGAAAAGUUUCCUUAUAGUAUCAUUUUACAUGUGUAAGUUACAGUGUGAAAUAUGUUCACUCCCAUGAAUGUAGAACACGUCAUCGUUUCUUUGAAGCUGGAAACAUUCUUUGUCUAACAAAUGUGUGAAUAAAGUCUGAGAAUUUAAUUCUUCAUUGAACAUUU